AUGGCUGGUGGCGGUGAGGACAAGGUUCCUGCCGGUGAGGACAAGGUUUCUGCCGUUGACAACAAGGUUCCUGCCGGUGAGGGCAAGGUUCCUGGCGGUGAGGACAAGGUCGCUGGCGGUGAGGACAAGGUUGCUUGCGGUGAGGACAAGGUUCCUGAGGCUGAGGACAAGGUCGCUGACGCUGAGGACAAGGUUCCUGGUGGUGGGGACAAGGUUCCUGGCGGUGAAGGAAAGGUUCCUGGCAGUGAGGACAAGGCUCCUGGUGGUUAGGACAAGGUUCCUGGCGGUGAGAACAAGGUUUCUGCCGGUGAGAACAAGGUUCCUGGCGGUGAGAACAAGGUUCCUGCCGCUGACAACAAGGUUUCUGCCGUUGAGGACAAGGGUCCUGUCGGUGAGGACAAGGUUCCUGGCGGUGAGAACAGGGUUGCUGGCGGUGAGGACAAGGUUGCUGGCGGCGAGGACAAGGUUCCUGCCGGUGAGGACAAUGUUCCUGGCCGUGAGGACAAGGUUGCUGGCUGUGAGGACAAGGUUCGUGGCGGUUAG